GUUUUUAUUUUUGGUCCAAGAGACCUGAUCUCCUGUUUUCCCCUGACCUCAUUAAUGUCGACGUGUGCACCUCUGCCAUGGUCGUCCACCUUAGCCACUGUCGACCACCCCCAUCAUUUCACCACUAGAUUGCCACGGCGUGGGGGAAAAAAAAACUAGUGGCCUUUUGGGCUGUGGGAUACUGGGAUCUGCCGCCUGAUCGAUCCUCUUAGUUCGCGUUGCUUCGGCGUUCCUCUGCGUGGUUAUUGCUGGAGAGGAGCGAGGGCAAAAGGGGACCCAAAGGAGACUUUGCUGAUAUUGGAAGAUAAGAUGAGACUUUUCAGCCUUGAGAGUGUGAUAGACGAAUUUGAAGAGCUGACGAAGGAUGCUGGCGGGCACCAGCGCGAGACUCUACGAAAAAUACUCGAACAGAAUGGUGAAGCUGAGUACUUGCAGAAACUUGGCCUUGGAGGAAGAACUGACCCUGAGAGCUUCAAGGCUCGUGUCCCUCUGGUCACCCACAGCGAUCUAGACCCUUAUAUUCAGAGGAUAGCCAAUGGGGAGACUUCUCCCAUUCUCACCGGGAAGCCUAUAAGUUCCAUUUCACUCAGUUCUGGUACAACACAAGGGAAGCCCAAGUUUUUGCCAUUCAAUGAUGAGUUAGUUCAGUCCACAAUGCAGAUAUAUCGAACUUCGUUUGCAUUCCGGAACAGAGAAUAUCCCAUCGGCAAUGGGAAAGCUCUGCAGUUCAUCUAUAGCAGCAAAGAGGUGAAAACUAAAGGUGGCCUCAUUGCCACCACAGCCACCACCAAUGUGUACCGAACUGAGCAGUUCAAGCGAACGAUGAAGGAUAUCCAAUCUCAAUGUUGCAGUCCCGACGAAGUCAUCUUUGGUUCCGACUUCCAGCAGUCCUUGUACUGCCACCUCCUAUGCGGGUUGAUCUACUCCGAGGAAGUGCAGUUUGUCUUCUCCACCUUUGCACAUAGCAUAGUCCAUGCGUUCCGGAAACUUGAGCAGGUGUGGGAGGAACUUUGUGAAGAUAUUCGAAGCGGAGUUCUAUCGAGCAGAAUCAGUGUUCCUUCAAUGCGUGCUGCUGUUUCUAAGCUCUUGAGUCCAAAUCCCGACCUGGCAGAUUCUAUCUCCAACAAAUGUAUGCGACUGAGCAAUUGGUACGGUGUCAUCCCGGAGCUUUGGCCUAACGCCAAGUAUGUCUAUGGCAUCAUGACGGGAUCCAUGGAGCCCUACUUGAAGAAGUUAAAGCACUAUGCCGGAAGCCUUCCCCUCAUGAGCGCUGACUAUGGCUCCUCGGAAAGUUGGAUUGGAGCUAAUGUGAAUCCUAGUUUACCUCCUGAGCUGACGACGUUCGCCGUGCUCCCUAAUAUUGCCUACUUUGAAUUCAUCCCUUUGGAGAAACAUGUAGGGCAGGAGAUGGACAACAGUCCCUCCACCAUUCACUACAUAGAAGGUGAACCAAUUGGUCUGACUGAAGUUGAAGUUGGCAAAGAGUAUGAAAUUAUCUUUACUAAUUUUGCAGGUCUCUACCGGUACAGGUUAGGAGAUGUUGUAAGGGUAGCUGGCUUUCACAACACCACACCAGAGCUCCAAUUCGUGUGCAGAAGAAGCCUUGUGCUGAGCAUCAACAUCGACAAGAACACCGAGAAAGAUCUGCAAUUGGCAGUUGAAGAAGCAGCCAAGCUGUUGGCCGAGGAAAAGCUUGAGAUCGUGGACUUCACAAGCUACGUCGAUACGUCCAAUGAGCCUGGUCACUACGUGAUCUUUUGGGAGUUAUGCUCCGAUGCGGCUGACGACGUCCUUCGCUGCUGCUGCAAUUGUUUAGACACGUCCUUCGUAGAUGCUGGCUAUGUUUCUUCACGUAAAGUAGGCGCGAUCGGACCGCUCGAGCUCCGCAUUGUGCACAAGGGAACGUUCCACGAUAUCUUGGAUCAUUACCUUGAGCUCGGGGGCGCAAUGAACCAGUUAAAGACCCCUCGAUAUGUCAGCCAAUCGAACAUCAAGGUGUUGCAGAUUCUCAACAUGAAUGUCACGGCGUGUUACUUCAGCACUGCGUAUGGCAUGUGAAAUUGGGCAUUAAGUACUACUUUCGCAUGCAUUCCUUGUAGCUUUACCUUCAACUUUGCUUCUAUGUAAAUCAUAUUUCUCAAGUCGAGCAUAAGAACGUCAAGUAGCUCUAAGAAUUGUUCUCUCACAAGUCAAUUCCGACUUUGGAGUUGGGAUAUUGAUAAUAGGUUGCGAUUUGUAUAUUGUAAUAAUAAAUUUACCCGACCUCAAAUAUCGUGAUUUGUUACUUAAUAAGCAUAUCAAUUCUCCACCUUUAAAACAUCUAA